GCGGAUUGCAACGCAUGCAGCUGCCUGGAAAGAGGGAGCCGGUGUCCUACGUCAGAGCCGCCGCCGCGGAGCCGCCGCCGGGGAGGAGCAGCCGCUGCCGCCCAGGACUGGGCCCUUAGGGAGGAGGAGGCGAGAAGAUGGCGGACGACCCCAGUGCUGCCGACAGGAACGUGGAGAUAUGGAAGAUCAAAAAGCUCAUUAAGAGCUUGGAGGCGGCCCGCGGCAAUGGCACAAGCAUGAUAUCAUUGAUCAUUCCUCCCAAAGACCAGAUUUCACGAGUGGCAAAAAUGUUAGCAGAUGAGUUUGGAACUGCAUCUAACAUUAAGUCACGAGUAAACCGCCUUUCAGUCCUGGGAGCCAUUACAUCUGUACAACAAAGACUCAAACUUUAUAACAAAGUACCUCCAAAUGGCCUGGUUGUUUACUGUGGUACAAUUGUAACAGAAGAAGGAAAAGAAAAGAAAGUCAACAUUGACUUUGAACCUUUCAAACCAAUUAAUACUUCAUUGUAUUUGUGUGACAACAAAUUCCAUACAGAGGCUCUUACAGCACUACUUUCAGAUGAUAGCAAGUUUGGCUUCAUUGUAAUAGAUGGUAGUGGUGCACUUUUUGGCACACUCCAAGGAAAUACAAGAGAAGUUCUGCACAAAUUCACCGUGGAUCUCCCAAAGAAACAUGGUAGAGGAGGUCAAUCAGCCUUGCGUUUUGCCCGUUUAAGAAUGGAAAAGCGACAUAACUAUGUUCGGAAAGUAGCUGAGACUGCUGUGCAGCUGUUUAUUUCUGGGGACAAAGUGAAUGUUGCUGGUCUUGUUUUAGCUGGAUCAGCUGACUUUAAAACUGAACUAAGUCAAUCUGAUAUGUUUGAUCAGAGGUUGCAAUCAAAAGUUUUAAAAUUAGUUGAUAUAUCUUAUGGUGGUGAAAAUGGAUUCAACCAAGCUAUUGAGUUAUCUACUGAAGUCCUCUCCAACGUGAAGUUCAUUCAAGAGAAGAAGUUAAUAGGGCGAUACUUUGAUGAAAUCAGCCAGGACACGGGCAAGUACUGUUUUGGAGUUGAAGAUACACUAAAGGCUUUAGAAAUGGGAGCUGUAGAGAUUCUAAUAGUCUAUGAAAAUCUGGAUAUAAUGAGAUAUGUUCUUCAUUGCCAAGGCACAGAAGAGGAGAAAAUUCUCUAUCUAACUCCAGAACAAGAGAAGGAUAAAUCUCAUUUUACAGACAAAGAGACAGGACAAGAACAUGAGCUGAUUGAGAGCAUGCCCCUGCUGGAGUGGUUUGCUAACAACUAUAAAAAAUUUGGAGCUACAUUGGAAAUUGUCACAGAUAAGUCACAAGAAGGAUCCCAGUUUGUGAAAGGAUUUGGUGGAAUUGGAGGUAUCUUGCGGUACCGAGUAGAUUUCCAGGGAAUGGAAUACCAAGGAGGAGAUGAUGAAUUUUUUGACCUUGAUGACUACUAGGUAGUCGACAUGGGUCCGGCAAAACGUGCCUCACCCUCCAGCAUCCAACCCAAGGAGCAUACCCGUGGUGGAAUCCAAACAGAUCCCUGCCUUACAAUUGGAACAUUUCCAGAACUUAGUCCAUGAGCAUUGGAUAUUGAAAAGAAAAGUGAAACAAAAACCAGACCCAACCCUACACUUUGGUUUGUCAUGGUGUCAGCGCAGCAGCCUACAACUAAGUUCCUAAAUGCCACUUUGGACUAAUUUAAAAAAGAAUCCCAGUUUUUACUUUUACUUGAUGGUGAAAUUGGUUGCUCUUGUAUUUUAUGAAAAAAAAAAUGAUUUUUUUAACCUUCAUACAUAGAAGCAAAAUACUUUAACUGCUGUAAACCUUCAAAA